AUGGCCGCGCUCGUCGAUGCAGCGAUGCAGGGAUCAGUGGCCCGGGUGAAGCAGCUGCUUGCGGCAGGCACGGCAGUGGAUGGGACCGACGAGGAGGGCCGCACCGCUCUCAUGGCCGCCGCCGCCUUCAACCAGGGCGAGGUUGUUGAGCUGCUGCUUGGGGCAGGCGCCGACGUCAACCAGACCUGCCCCGGAGGCCGCACAGCCCUGAUGUAUGCCUCCUCUGGCGACACCGCGACGGUGCAGCGGCUGCUGGAGUCUGGCGCGGAGGUGAACUGUGCAGACAGGAUUGGCGGCAGCGCGCUCAUCUGCGCCUGCCAGCAGAAUGCGGCCAACGUGCCGCUGCUGCUGGCGGCGGGGGCGGCGCCCAACGCGGCCGACGUCUAUGGGUGCACCCCCCUCUACUUUGCCUGCGGCACCUGCCAGCCGGGGUCGGCGGAAGCGGCUGCAAUUGUAGCCCAGCUGCUGGAGGCUGGCGCGCCGGCUGAUGUGCUGGACGGAAAUGGACUGACUCCUUACAGCAUGGCACUGCAGAAUGGCUGCACCCAAGUGCUCCCGCUGCUCCAGGCUGCGCUGGGGUGA